UAUUUUUCUUUUCUUGUAUUGUAUUUUUAUAUUUUUUAUUUAUUUUGUUUUUUGAUUUUAUUUCAACUAAUUGUUAUUUGUAUGACUUAUAAAUUAGGCAACAGAACACAUAUGCCCUAAAUGGGGAGGUGAACUCGGGUUGUGACAAGGAGAAACCACGGAAGUCUUCACAAUUAUGUUUGAAACAGGUUUCGCUUCACUUCCAUUCAAGUCCAGAAGAGGGCAGUGAAGCAUUUUGAAUCUGUUAGGAUCACAGGCUCACUCCACAGAAGAAGAGACAGACAAGAGCUCCAGUGAGAGCUUGCAUAGUGUUUGACAGUUUUUAUGAAUUAAAAGAAACGAUCUACUCUUUUACACGUGUUUUGCUUUGCUGCGACAGUACUCAAUGGUCAAUUUCUGUAUGAGUGAUGGAUCCCAACCAAGAAAUGCCCCUUGUCUCUACAAAACAUGGCAAUGAAGAGGCCAUCUCAUGGGUCUCAGUUUGUCCCAGAGGUCUUUGGAGAGUUCAGCAAAGACAAAUCCACAAAAGCAUCUCCAAUCAUGAUGCAGGAAUGCAUCAAUGCCCUCGAAUGGGGUCAAUAUGCCAAGUGCGAAUACACCUCCAAACAGGGACAGGUGCUGACCAGUGUGUAGUGCCUGAUGAAGGGGGUCAGAGGUGUACCCAGUCUUUGGAGGCUCAUUCAGAAGACACUGCCUUCACUCGGUGCCUGAGUGCAGUGCUGCAGGUGCCUCUUUCUCAGUGGACCACAGUGAGAAUGGGAGAGGGUCAGUGCGACAUCACAGAGGCUUGUUUGGAACGCAUGAACUGUGGAGAUAAAUGUGAGAUACAGCUUUCUCCACUGGUGUAUUCAGAGGUGAAUGCAGAAUCAGACCAGCCUUUUAAUGUCACCGUGGAGCUUGGAACAUUUACACCUGGCAAGGAAUCCUGGGAAUUAUCUUCUGAAGAGAAAAUGGACUGGGUGAGAUCUCUCAAGAACAGAGGCACUGUUUGGUUCAGGAGUGGAGACAUGUGGGGCGCUGCAGACAGCUACAGCCGAGCCUUAAAACUACUCAUAACUCUCUAUGGGCUCAUCAAAGUAGCAAAAACACAGGAACAAGCAUCAGAGGGAAUACAAUCUCCAUCAGAAAGUCUUGUUCCUUCUGCCAAAGAGUACAAUACUAUCAAAGCUGAGCUGCAUUCAAAUCUGUCUUUAUGUCAAAUCAAGUUAAAACAGCCAGAGCGCGCCAAAGUUAGUGCAUCCAAGGCCACUGAAUUAGAUCCUGGUGGGGCAAAGGCCUGGUACAGGCUGGGUCAAGCCUGUCAGAUGCUCAAUGAACUUGAAGAGUCAAAGAGGGCAUUUAAGAAACUAUUGGAAAUACAACCUGACUCGUCAGCUGCAAUAAAGGCGCUCAAAGAUGUGGCUAUUAAAGAGAAAGAGACAAAUAAAGCACUGGCACACAGACUUAGUAAGAUGUUUAGCUGAAAACUAAAUGAAUGAUGAGAUAAUUUCAAUUCAAUUUAAAUUUCUUGACUGAGACCCAAUGAUGUAUGGUGUCUUUUUUUUUUUUCUUCUUCUUCUUUUUUGCUGUCACAAAUGGAUAAAGGUGCAGACAUUGGUCUAAAUAAUUACCAUAUUUGCUCAAUAACAGAAAUGAAACAAAUAAACACCGACGUAUAAGAUA